AUGUCAUUCAAGGACACUGUGCUAUGGGGUGUCUUCAGCAAUGGCAACUCCAUAUCGGCAAGAUACUUUGAUGUCCAGAGAAAUUCAUGGUUGGAGUUCGUAUACUCCAAAACAACGACAGAAAGUGGGGUGUUACGGUACUGCAAGACAAUAUACGAUGAAACAAAUCCGCUGCGGGGGUACUUGAUUACCAACACGGCGCCAGCAGGAUUCAGUCUUGAUGUUUCACGUCACGACGGCGGGGUAGUGUAUAAUGCAUAUACGGCAGAGAAUAUCGCACAAUUCGACUUGUCGCGUUCCCAGCCCCUGACGAAUGGCAAUAUCCCCUUUGUGUACAUAGCCCAAUCGGACACUGUGAGCAAUGUCAUCAAAAUAUUACGGCGCCCGAGUGGACAGCACACAAGCACGCGGGCAGUGUCAUGCGGGACAAUCGCCACAGCCGGUGUCGUGCACGAUCUGAAACUCGAAGUAUCCGGUGGUCUUAUAUACCUGGCGUUUGACAUCAGUGACGCACAACAGAUGAUGGGUUUGACGUGUCCCGUAGACAAUACGGGCUCUUCAUGGUGA